GUUCAGAUUCCUUUCAGCCCACCGUCAUCAUCACAAAGCUAUGGCCAGGGACCGGGGUCUGCACCGCAUUCACCAUACCCCAUGUCAUCACAACCGUCAUUUGCAAAGUAAGUGAAACUUCUGUCAGUGUUACCUUGGUGCUUCCCAAGUCCUUUGUCACGUAAGAAUGUCCUCUUACAGAGCAAAAACUGUGCUGCAACCAAAUAAGCAACCAAGUAAAACAUGUGCUGCAAUUUAUUUUGAGUGUAGUGCCAUAAGUCUCUACUAUAAAAAUUAUUCACUAUGAUGCAUACAUUAUAACUGACUACCAUCGUACACGUAAAUUUCAAAUCUGUGUUGAUUAUGACAACAUCUUUAGCUAAGCGUGUAAAAUUAAUGUGGUGUCAAUCAUGUAAAACACAAAAAAACAAUAUUUAUUAUAUCAGCAGAAUGUUUUGAUUGCAGCCUUUAAAGAUUCUGUUAACAAAUUUGACUUGUGGUAUUUUUAUCUUUUCAGUCAUUAAUUUAUUGAAUUAAUGGAAAUCUAUUUUUAAUUAUUAACCAAUAAUACUUUUUAAGUGGAAUUUUACAUUUUUUAAAUCAGGUCUUCCAAUGUCACUGGCACUUGUGGUAACAGAUUGUUAUGUCAUAAUGCUUCAACAAUUUUUUUGAAAGAUUUUGAAAACACCUUAAUUACAGUUAUUUCAAUUUAUUUUGUUGACUCCGAGCCCUCUUAACCAAAACUCCCAUUGACUACUUCCUUUUAAUGUUACAAAAUUAUUUACAUUUGAGCCUUCAAAAAGUCAAAUUAAAUUUUUUAAAUACAUUUUUUUGUUUCAACCAUUCAUUUCAGCUUGUCACCAGGACCACCACAUAUGAUGUCACCUGGGUAUCCAACAGGGGGCAUGGUUCCAAGGGGCCCGGGGGGCUUUAAUCAGAUGGGCCACCCUGGAGGUCCCAGAGGCCCC